CAUCACCUCUCUGCUGCAGAAACUGUCUCCGAGUCCUCUGAGCAGCUACCAUGGCGUACCCUAACACCAGCUCACUGACAGCCAACUCCAGUGGAUCUCUGGGGGGUCACGACCACGGGGGAAACAUCUACCGGCCUUUCUCUGUUUUCAGCGUGCUCACUCUCACGUUACUGGCCAUGCUGGUGGUGGCCACGUUUGUGUGGAACCUGCUGGUGCUGGUGACCAUCCUGAGGGUGAGGACUUUCCACCGUGUGCCGCACAACCUCGUCGCAUCCAUGGCUAUCUCCGACGUCAUGGUGGCCGCCUUAGUGAUGCCGCUCAGCCUCGUCCAUGAGCUCAACGGCCGGAAGUGGAAACUGGGACGAGUUCUGUGUCAGGUUUGGAUCUCCUUCGAUGUUCUCUGCUGCACGGCCAGCAUCUGGAACGUGACGGCCAUCGCGCUGGACCGCUACUGGUCCAUCACCCGGCACCUGGAGUACACUCUGAAGACGCGUAAAAAGAUCUCCAACGUGAUGAUCGCGCUCACCUGGCUGCUGUCGUCCAUCAUCUCCCUGUCGCCUCUGUUCGGCUGGGGGGAGACCUACACGGAGGGGAUGAAGUGCCAGGUGAGCCAGGAGCCGUCCUACACCAUCUUCUCCACCUUCGGAGCCUUUUACCUGCCGCUCUGCGUGGUGCUGUUUGUUUACUGGAAGAUCUACAAGGCCGCCAAGUUUCGCAUCGGCACCCGCAAGACCAACACCAUAACUCCCAUGGCUGAGGCGUUAGCUCUGUUUCAGACCUCCUCCAAGAAUGUUUUUGAGUCCUUCCCUCUGGAGGUGACGAUGGACUGGUGGUCGGAGAGAUUCUGGGUUAUCGUGGACAUUUGGUGCAUGGCGUGGCUCGUGUACGCAGUGGUCGGCCUCUUUAAAAGUGAUAUCUGUGAAGCAGUUGUCCUCGAGUGGACCCUACCGAUCCUCAGCUUCAACAUGCUCUGCAUGUCCUACUCCAACCUCGACAAGCACAAAGAACGACUGGUCAGCAGCAACCAAAAUGUGAUCUGGUGGACACGAUACCUGGUGGGCUGCUCAGAGGACUCUUUAAAGUAG